AUGAACAACAACGACCCAAACCACCGCAAAGGCGUCGUCGGCAAUCCCAAUGCAACCUUCUGGCUCUAUGACUCCAAGACUGGCUUCGACCUCACGCACCCGCCGACGCCCACCUCGCCCACUCCCUCGCCGAACUACACCGUCAAGACAACCACCCUCCCCAUCACAAUCCACCCACCCAAAUCGGCCCUCGUCAUCAUCGACAUGCAGAACUUCUUCCUCUCCCCCAACCUCGGACGCCCCAAGGACUCCAAAGGUCUCAUCGCUCAACAGCAGCUUCUCAAGUACGCCAUCCCCGCGGCUCGAAAAGCCGGCGUCCGCAUCAUCUGGUUGAAUUGGGGCUUGACCGACCAAGAGAUCGCCGACAUGGCCCCGGGCACUCUCCGCGCAUUCGGAUUCGAAACCGUUCUCGCGGCCGAAUUUGAAUCCUACGACAAAGUCGCGAAGAAGCAAGCCGCGGUCGACUCGCACGGCGUCAACGAGGGGUGCCACGAAUUCCCAGACCCUCAGAUCGAAACCUCGGGCAAGAAUCCGCGCAUCUACAAGGGACUGGGCAGUGAAGUUGGCCCAGUGACCCUCGAUGACGGGAGCACCAUCCAAGGCGGCCGACUUCUGAUGCGCGAUACGUGGAAUGCUGACUUGACUCCGGAGCUGAAACAGACGUACGAAGCGGACGGCAAGACAGCCAAUCCGCCAGACGUAUGGAUCCAUAAGAACCGCAUGUCCGGGCUAUGGGGCCCAAGCACCCUGUGCACAGAGUUCCUGGAGAAAGAGGGCAUCAAGACAUUAUUCUUUACCGGAGUGAACACGGAUCAGUGUGUCGGUGGGAGUCUUCAGGAUGCUUUCUCGAAAGGCUACGACGUGGUUCUGCUCUCUGACGGCGCGGGCACGACAAGCCCCUCGAGCAGCCAGGACAGCAUCGAAUUCAACUGCGCAAAGACUUGGGGCUUCUGUACCACAUGCAAGGACUUUGCGGAGGGUUUGGGUUUGUAA